CACUUAUUUUGUUUCUCAAUCAGUGUUUGAUUAUUCAGGUCUGGCUCAUGGCCACAGAACACGGAAGUAGCGUUCGGAUAACGAAUGUAUCGCCGAUUGUUCGAGUGCCAGCGGCCUUGUGAUCACCUGUCUAUCUGCAGUUCAUCUUCACGAACAAUGCGUGUCCCUCAGGUGUCAAGCUCUCCACGGAUCCAGGCGCUGUUGACCAGCGCAUCCUCAGGUCUAGAAGGCUUCAAAGCUCACGCUGUCUUCCAGGAGAUCAAUAAAAAGCUGCAUGAGGAUGGAGAGCAGUUUGUGAAGAAGAUCGGAGGUGUGUUUGCCUUCAAGGUAAAGGACGGGCCGGACGGAAAGGAAGCCACCUGGAUCGUUGAUGUUAAGAACGGAAAAGGCUCUGUUCACAAUGAUGCUGAAAAGAAAGCAGACUGCACUAUUGCCAUGGCCGACUCUGACCUACUAGACCUCAUGACUGGAAAGAUGAAUCCACAGACCGCGUUCUUUCAAGGCAAACUGAAGAUCACUGGAAACAUGGGCAUGGCCAUGAAACUUCAAAACCUGCAGCUGCAGCCAGGCAAAGCCAAGCUGUAAGAGGCGGAGUCAGGCUUAAAGAGGGUGGAGUCUUGAGUAGCUCCUCCCAUAGAGUUCACUCUAUUAGAGUAGCUGUACAGGAGUCAGAGACCAAAUGUGUUUCUGCGCUGUAGUGUUCAGCCUCUUUCUAACAAGGGAAAGCAAUAGUUCACCCAGACAUAAAAUGGUCAUCGUUUACUCACCGUCGUUUCCCACAAAAGUAGUCCAUAUUACUUGCAAAAACUGAUUUCUUCCUCAGUAGAACAGUCGCUUUCCAGAACAAA